UCGGCGGGGGAGCGCACAGCCAGCGAUGCGGCGGCGCCACCGGCUUGAUUCGGGUGGGUGUGGGUUGAGUUCAACCGGUCAACUGGGGGGUCUUCAGGGGAGGAGACUCUUCGGCUUCUUUCAGCCCGUGGGCCGUGGGCCGUGGCCCAUCACUCCUUGUCCCUCCUCAGUCCUCUCUUUCUCCCCCAGCCGGCGCCUAUCUCCGUCUCACCCCUUCCCACCGACGGCGAGGAAGAUGAGCGGUGGCGCGCGGAGAGUCCUGGAGGCGUGGAGGGUCGGGGUGGUCAGGUACGGAGACGCCCUCCAGCUCCAGGAGCGUCUCGUCGCGGACCGCAAGGGCGGCCGCGUCGGCGACCUCGUGCUUUCGCUGCAGCACCCGCCGACCUACACCCUCGGCAAGCGGCACGAGAAGGCCGAGCGCAACCUGCUCGCCUCGGAGGCCGAGCUGCGUGCCCUGGGCGCCGAGCUCCACCGCACGGAACGGGGCGGCGACGUCACCUUCCACGGCCCGCGGCAGGCCGUGCUGUACCCUAUCCUCUCGCUCCGCGCCCUGGGGCUCGGCGCGCGGAGGUACGUCGAGGGGCUCGAGUCCGCGAUGAUCCAGGUGGCGGCGCUCCACGGCGUGUCCGCGCGGCCCGGCGACCCCGGGGAGACCGGCGUGUGGGUCGGGGACCGCAAGAUCGGCGCCAUCGGGGUCAGGAUCUCGUCCGGGUUCACGUGGCACGGGCUGGCGUUCAACAUCGACCCCGAUCUCGGGUACUUCGACCACAUCGUGCCAUGCGGCAUCGCCGGCAAAGAGGUCACGUCGCUGCGGCGGGAGGUGGGGGACGGAGUGGAGCUCCCGGCCGACGAGGUCAUCCAUGACCAGCUUGUGCGGUGCUUGGCGAGAACUUUGGGUUUCACCGAUGUGGAAUUCAAAGACGACUCUGAGUCUGGAGACAUGAUUGGUGCAGCUGCAGCAACACGAUCCUGACGCGCGGUUCAAUCUCUGCAUCUUCAGGAUGUCUUGUAAUCAAUUUUUGGAAUAUUUUUCAUCUGAUUGUGUUCAUGGCACUUCACUAGCAUAUGUAUGAUAGAGAUACAGAAGGUAGGAGGCAGAGCUGCAAUUCUGCACAUCUGCAGCCAGACACAGCUUGUACAUUGCUUCAUUGAAUUAGGCACAAUUCUGUCUGUACUUCUGAUAGGGCAGCAGUAACACUUUUACAUUUGUCUUUCAGCUGUUGUUUAUGGAAUUUGGAUGGUUUGCAUCUAAGCGCUGAUUAGUCAGUGGAUAUUGAAUGCAAUUAGCAUUUGUUGA